AUGUCCUACCAAUAUACAGUCACCGAGCGCCGCCGGCGCACUACCUCUCCCUCCUACGGUGCCUCAUCCAAUCGCUCCACCUUCGGCUACUGGGUUCCUCUAGUCCUUACAGUCGGCGCCGCCGUCGUCGGUGUCGCAGCCUGGGUAUGGUCGGAGCGACGGGAAGAUGAUGAGGAUAGCGAUCAUGAACAUUAUAGCGGUGGCGUCCCACCACCAGGCUAUGCAAGCAUGAGCGGAGGAAUGGGGCCUCCGCCUCCAGGUGGUAUGGGAAUGCCGCCCGGGCCAGGACCAAUGGGCAUGCAGCAGGGCGGGCCGCCUGGUCCGGGGAUGGGGAUGCCGCCUGUGCAGGGCGGGUUUCGCGGGGGUGUUGAUGGGCCGGAGGGCGGGUGGAGCAGCAGGAGCAGGAGCCGGACGCUGAAUUGGGCGUCCCAGCAGGUUGCGGCUGGUUUUGCUGCGGCUGGUGCGAUGGUUGGUGGUGCGUUGGGGGCUGCAAGGGAAGGUGAUCAGGGCGCGUAUCGGGAUCAUGAGCGGUGGAGUGAGGAGGCUGAGCAGAGGGACAGUGAGAGGGAGAGGGGCCAGGUGAAGCAGGGUCUGAAGAGGAGGGGGACGGCGGACGAGUACUUUUCGGGGGAGGUUAAGUUGCCGACGAGGAUGAGUGGGUAUAAGGGCAAGAAGAGGAGGACAGUGGCUAUCGUUGUGUCGGCGGUGGAGAAUGGUACUGCGGCUACAGAGCUGGGAAAUCAUGCUUCGAUUCUUGCACAUCUGCCGGAGCAUCUGGAUCCGGACACUACAAGAGUAUUUGUGUUGAUCUAUGCACCUGAUCUAAAGACUCAUCCGCUCGCUACGACAAGUGCCUCUCAACAAUCGAUGCGCUCCCAAUCGAUGGCUUCCUCCUUCAGCAACAUCAGCCAUCCCGGCGAUCAAACUCCCGAAACUCCAGCACAGACACCUGGCGAGUUCCCAACUUCUGGUCUCACGGAGCUCGAUCCAGCACCAGAGGACUCCAGCCUCUUCUCGAGCUCCACCCUGUUCAAGACACUCCACAACCAAGCCCGUGCCCUAGUCGAGCGUGACUCACAUAUCAUGCCCUUCACGACUCCCGCGGGGCACAAACAUAUUCUGAAGUCCUUGUCGCCGGAAAUCGUUUACAUUCAAGAAUCCCUGUGUGGCGACGCAGGCGAGGGCGAGAUUGUGGCUGAUCUGAGUGGGUGGGUCAGGCAGAUUGUGGUCGUGGUUGGUGAUGAAGGCGGCGCUGGAGGGUUGGUUGAUACUGAUGAUGAGGUGGAGAGGAAGAGAAUGGGCGGAAAGGACGGUACGGGCGUUUGGUGGAUGAAGGAGGAACGGACUGGGCUGGGAAAGAGGGUUGCUGUGGUGGAGGGCGUGAAGGUUGGUGAUGAUUGGGGGAGGAGAGUCAAUGAGCAAGACUGA